AUGGUGACGAUCUGUACCUACAAUGCACGUACACUUGCAUCCGAGUCCUCGAUAGAAGAUUUGCUCAUGGAAGUAAGAAUGAUAAAGUACGACGUCAUCGGCCUAAACGAGACGAGAAGACGCCAGCCUUUCAAAGCCGUCUAUGACACCGGAGAAGAACUGUUCCUCGGAACAUGCAACAGUAGAGGAGUCGGGGGCGUCGGCGUUCUCGUCAACACGAGUUUGUCCAUGAACAUCGAUUCAUUCGAACAGCUUACAACCCGAAUCGGACGUUUACGGUUAAAAAGAUGUGGAUCAAUUCCGGCUUCGACAACCUUCGUUGUUUACGCGCCGACAUCAAACUAUGACGAGGAAGUCGAAGCGUUCUAUAUGGACUUAGCUAAGUUCUACAGAGAAGACCACACAUUUUUUAAUGUCAUCAUUGGAGAUUUCAACGCUAAGAUUGGUCCAAGAAGAACGUCUGAAGAACGUUACACUAGAACCCAUCGAUAUGAAUGGAACAAACAGGGUGAGCUGCUAUCUUAG